AUGGUCCAAGCUUUACUUCUUUUGUCACUAUUACUUAGCGCUUCAGUCUCUCUGACUCUGGCAGGCGAGCAAACGGUUGGAAGCACCUCCACUGAUAGGUCCGCAAGCGCUUCAACCAAUAGUGCGGGAGGCACUCCAUCCGACGGUACCCACUUCAAAUUGGUCGAUGAUCGAACUGAUGCCGGGGAUAGUUCGACUGAUUAUGCAAACUCUUCAACGAGUAACGCCUCUACAACCGACUCUUCUCGACCUGCACCUGGUGUUUUUGACGCGGCCCCGUUCUCUGAACCUGCAAAGAAUCUAAGCACCAAUCCAGGUCCAGUGAGGACCGAAAGUGCCCCCUCUCAGUCUCAGCCAACCUCUGGUACCAACAACACAGUCUCAGUAACGAGUCCACCUCCCUCCAACGACACGCACAAAAGUACAUCUUCACCUCAGAACAAACCGAGUGGUUCAACCCUCUACGGACUCUUGCUCUCUGCUACUAUUGCUGGGAUCCAACUUCUUGUUUUGUGA